AUGGUGACUAAAGCUGUUCAUUUAGAUAUUACAACUAGCCUCACAGCAGAAUCAUUUAUUUGUGUUUUAAAGAGAUUCGUUUCUCGUAGAGGUCUAUGUUCGGUAAUAAAUAGCGACAACGGAACGAAUUUUAUAGGCGCUAAUCAUGAGUUGCAAGAGCUACGGAAUCUUUUUAGUAAACAAUCCUUCAAGACAGAUAUAAUUAACCAAGCUGCGACAAUGGGCAUAACUUGGAAGUUUAUUCCUUCUCAUUCCCCACAUUUUGGUGGAUUGUGGGAAGGAAGUAUUAAAAUUAUGAAAUAUCACCUUCGAAGGAUAAUAGGCUCCUCCUGUUUAACUUAUGAGGAAUAUUUAACAGUACUAUUACAGGUGGAAGCAAUUCUUAAUUCACGUCCUCUUAUGGCAAUAACAGAUGAUGUUUCUAGUUUUCAGUACUUAUCGCCUAGUCAUUUUUUGAUUGGAGAUUUUUUAACUACAAUCCCAGAACCAAACGUAAAUUUUGAUAAAUUAAAUUCAUUAACGGUAUAUAAGCAAUUAACUGCCAUGCGAGAUAAAUUUUGGACUUUAUGGUCAAAGGAUUAUUUAUCUUAUUUGCAAAAACGAAAUAAAUGGUCAGAUAAUCAGCCAAAUUUGAAAUUAAACUCGAUAGUUUUGAUUAAGGAGGAUAACCUUCCCCCAUUAAGAUGGUGCUUGGCUAGAAUUGUUAAUUUAAAUUAUGGUCGUGAUGGUAAAGUUCGAGUGGCAGAAGUUAAAACCUCAAAUGGAACCUACACAAGACCUAUUCAUAAAUUAGUGCCUUUGCCAAUUAAUGAUUAA